CCCCCCCCCCCUCAUCUUGGCAGCAAUCAAAGCCCGUACAUCUGGUUCUUCGAUCUCGAUAUCCCCAGGUUGGAUCCCUCAAGUUCCCUGCUCCAGCUGCGUCAAAUUGUCAGGAAUGGCCAGCAAGUCGAGUUUUUCGAACACCUUGCCGACUAACUCACCAGCACAGUUUCUGAAUGGUAUCACGGAUGGGUUCUCUGAUGCGCGAAAGCUUGGCGAAGGUGCAUUUGGUACUGUUUAUAAGCUUGGCGAAGAUACAUCUUUAAGACCUGAUUGGAAGACAUGCUUUGAGAUAAUCAAAGGCAUCUGCCAGGGCUUAGGAAAACAUAUUCGGCUGCGCUCCCUGCCGACCACCACCCGCACCGCGCCGGGCUCGUGCGCCGCCCGGCGCCCGGCCUCCGACGGGGCCUCCGCUUCGAGCGCGGCCAGCGCGCCCCACGCCGCUGCGCCACCACGCGUUGCCCGCGAACGCCCGCCAGGCAGCCGAGGAGCGCAGGGACGGCACUGCCGCGUGCCGGUUCGGCGCCGCAGUAGAUCGCCAUGCGACACCAAUGAAGCCGACGAUCUAACCUCUGUCCUCAUAUCUUGGAAUUCCUAUGCAUCAUAGACAACUCCUAAACUCUGAAUGGAGUAAAGUAGAAGAUCGUUUUAAACAAAAACUCUCUUGUUGGAAAGCGAAAUAUUUGUCUUAUGGGGAAGAUUAGUACUUCUUAACUCA